AUGACUAUCCCUGAUGAGGUCGAUAUCAUUGUGUGCGGUGGUGGAUCUUGUGGUUGCGUAGUCGCUGGUCGACUUGCCAACCUUGACCACAAUCUGUCGGUCUUGCUCAUCGAAGCUGGAGAAAACAACCUGAACAACCCAUGGGUGUAUCGACCGGGGAUAUAUCCCCGAAACAUGAAACUUGACAGCAAGACUGCGUCAUUCUACUACUCGCGACCUUCGGAAUGGCUGGGUGGUCGUCGGGCUGUUGUGCCCUGUGCACACAUUCUUGGAGGGGGUUCCUCAAUCAACUUCAUGAUGUACACCAGAGCUUCCGCCUCUGACUACGAUGAUUUCCAGGCUAAGGGGUGGACGACGAAGGAACUGCUGCCUCUGAUGAAGAAACAUGAAACUUAUCAGCGCUCCUGCAACAACCGUGAUAUCCACGGGUUCGAAGGGCCCAUCAAGGUCUCCUUUGGAAAUUAUACAUACCCUAUCAAGGAAGACUUCCUGCGCGCCACUGAAUCUCAGGGAAUUCCCACCACCGAUGACCUCCAGGAUCUAGUCACUGGUCACGGUGCCGAACAUUGGCUCAAGUGGAUUAACCGCGAAACUGGGCGUCGCUCAGACAGCGCCCAUGGGUACGUCCACAGCACGCGCGCUGUGCACCAGAACUUGCAUCUCAUGGUCAACACCAAGGUGGACAAGGUUAUCAUCGAAGGUGGGAGAGCGGUUGCCGUUCAAACUGUACCAACCAAGCCGCUUGCCCCGGGCCAUCUGCAACCCAAGAUCAUCCGCGCUCGCAAGCAGAUCAUUGUGUCUGGCGGGACGCUGAGUUCCCCGCUCAUUCUGCAGCGAUCAGGUAUUGGCGAUCCAGAGAAGCUCCGCAAGGCUGGCGUUAAACCCAUUGUUGACUUGCCCGGUGUGGGAUUGAAUUUCCAGGACCACUACCUGACCUUCUCCGUCUUCCGCGCCAAACCAGACGUCGAAUCGUUUGACGACUUUGCUCGCGGCGACCCUGCCACGCAGGAACGCGUUUUCAAUCAGUGGAACAUCAACGGCACAGGACCCCUUUCCACCAACGGUAUCGAAGCGGGUGUCAAGAUUCGCCCUAUAGAAGAAGAGCUGAGGCAAAUGGAUAGCUGGCCGUGCAACGAGUUCAGGUCUGGAUGGGACAGCUACUUCAAGAACAAGCCUGAUAAACCCGUCAUGCAUUACUCUGUUAUCUCUGGUUGGUUUGGCGACCACAUGCUGAUGCCCCCGGGCAAGUUCUUCACCAUGUUCCACUUCCUUGAAUACCCCUUCUCGCGCGGCUCUACGCACAUCGUCUCUUCCAACCCUUAUGAAGCCCCCGACUUUGAUGCCGGCUUCAUGAAUGACAAGCGUGACAUGGCACCCAUGGUAUGGGGCUACAUCAAAUCUCGCGAGACGGCACGCCGCAUGGAUGCGUAUGCGGGAGAGGUGCAGGCCAUGCACCCGUUUUAUGCGUAUGAUAGUCCGGCGAGGGCGAAUGACUUGGAUUUAUUGACUACCAAGGCGUAUGCCCUCCCAGGAAACAUAACCGCAGGCAUCCAGCACGGAUCGUGGAGUAUGCCUGUUGGCAAGGGCCGCGCCCCUGAGCCCAACUUCCUCAACUCGAACUCCCAACAUGUGCAGGAGGAUCUGAAGUACUCGAAUGAGGAUAUCGAGCAUAUUGAGGACUGGGUUAAGCGCCACGUAGAAACCACAUGGCACUCCCUCGGCACAUGCAGCAUGGCCCCCCGCGAAGGAAACUCCAUUGUCCGACACGGCGUCGUCGACGAGCGUCUCAAUGUGCACGGCGUCAAGGGCCUGAAAGUCGCCGACCUGUCCAUUUGCCCGGAUAACGUCGGCUGCAACACGUACUCCACGGCGCUGUUGAUUGGCGAGAAGUGCGCGGUGCUGGUGGCGGAGGAUUUGGGGUACAGUGGCGAGGCGCUGGAGAUGAAGGUGCCGCCGUAUCAUGCGCCGAGGGAGAUUGUGGGGUUGAGUCGGUUGUAG